GUUAAAUACCUAAGAUCAGAGCAUUUUCGAACACCAACAUUCAGUAGGGCAUCGAGAGGUAUGUCGAUCACAGAUAAUUUAAAAUGCUAACGAUAUUUUGGAUGGCAUUUUUAUUGCCUUUGGGGAAACAAGCAAAGUUACAGAAGUAGAUAUUCUUAUACUCGGAGCUGGAAUAACAGGAAUAACAGCCGGAAACACUUCCAAAGUAAUAAUCUUACAAACUUUCUCAUUCUCGAAGCACAAGAUUACAUUGGAGGCAGAAUAAAGCAAGCAUCAAUAUCUAAUAUUACUGUGGGUAUUGGUGCAAACUGGAUACACUUAGUUGAAGAAGGAAAGAAUAAUCCAAUCCUGCAAUUGGCAAAAAAAUAAAUUUACAGACAUAUUUAAACAAUGAAAGCGAUUAUUUCGUAAGGAGUACAACGUACAACAGACACGAUUAUGAAGAAACUGAUAGACGCUUCAAAGAAAUCCAAUUGAAGGUAACGAAGAAAAAUAAGGAUAAAGUAAGAAAUCAAGAUGAACCCUUGAUGUCGGCUUUAUCAGCCAACGGAUGGAUUGCCGAUACUCCUUUAAAACGAACAGUGGAAUGGAUGUUUUAUGACUUCGAGUAUGCAGUUAAAAGUUCACUUAUAUCAACACGACAUUUCAGUGGUGAACCUGGAACAAAUGCAAUAAUAACUGAUUCACAAGGUUUUAGAGGCAUUAUUGAUCAUUUGGCUCAAAAUUUUACAGAAAAAAUCAAAACUAACACUGUUGUGGUUCAAAUAAAUUAUACUUCAAACGGUGUAGAGAUACUCACACGAACGAAUCAUAAAUACCGCGCAAAAUACGCUUUAUGCACAUUUAGUACUGGAGUUUUGGCGUCAGAUUUGGUAAAAUUUACGCCGAUGUUACCUCAAUGGAAAAAAGAAGCAAUAAGUAGAUUACCACUGGCAUUUUAUUGUAAUAUUGUCAAAUUUCCUUAUUCCUUUUGGGAAAAUCAAGAGUUCAUCAUCAAUCCUGCAUCGAUUACCGAAACUUUUCCUCUCUUGUAUAACUUAAACAAAAUUCAUAAUGGUUCAAAUAUUUUGUUAUUCACUGCUGUUGAAGACAAUGCUCUGCGCAUCGAGACUCAGAGUAAGGAGGAAACAAUUGCUGAAAUCAUGAAAACAUUGGCGAAAAUGUAUCCUAACGUCAGUUUACCCCAACCUCAAGAAAUUUCUAUUGGACGGUUAAGUCAAAAUCCUUACAUUCGUGGUUCGUUUAGCAACAGCGUAGUAGGCUCUACAACUGCUGACAAUCGUAAUCUACAAGGUCGUUUGGAUAACCUGUUUUUUGCAGGUGAAGCAACAGAUGAAGUUUAUUGGGGUUAUACACAAGGUGGAUGUCUCAGUGGACUAAAACAAGCAAAAGCUAUUUACAAUUGCAUGACUUCUAAGAAUUGUCCAAAAUAUACACCUGAAUAUAGGAAUAAUUAUGGUUAACGAUUACAAUGUAAACGAGAAUUUAUCAUUAGUCUUUUUGUCUCGAUUGUUUUCUGUUUUUUCCAUGCAUAAAACUUUGACUGUAUUAUCUAUAUGUAGUAUAGGAUUUUGUGUGUACUUUUAAGCAUUAUAUGUUUGAAGUAAUUUAUGAAGGGCAACAUAUUCUCAAUGUGUGAAUAAAUAAAUACAUCAUCAACAAA